GUCCGAUUAGUACGGAGUGAAGUCGAUGCUGCGAAUCUUCCUGAAGCUGGUUUUCCCUUGCUCCAACAGACAAAUGCUGUGCGAGACCUUGGAAUAUAUGGGGCAAGACGGCGCCGAAGACUGAAUUUCUCCAACUCGAGUCACAUUUACAUGUAAAAUCACGGAGCGCACUGGGAGGUCCGCAGCACAAGAGAGGACAUACACCUGCAACGAGAAACAACAAAGGGUUAUAAGGAACGACUCAAAGCACGGGGACUCGCUUUUCUGAGAUUUCAGUAGCAAUGAGCGGACUGCGCAAACCUGCUAUCGUUGGACUCAUACUGUUGAUCUGCACUGCUGGAUACUGCAAGGAGAACACUGUUCCCACGGACACAAGGGAAGACGAUAGCCUUUUCGAGUGGAUCAUGGACAUCGUGAGACAUGCGAAGGAGCAUCGGGGGAAGAGCGGAAACACAUUGCAGUAUACUUCGAAAACUCAAGACUACUCAAUCGAUCCAAAGGAAGUGCACGAUUACAAGUCAUAUAAUGAGGAUCAAAUUCUCGAAAUCUUUCCCAGAGAUCUGAGAAAGAAGGAAAAGUUUAUAAUACACAUAACAGGUCCUCUGUACUUUAGUCCGAAAUGCAGGAAACAUGCAUACAGGCUAUACCAUAAUACCAGAGACUGCACAAUACCAGCAUACUACAAGAGAUGUGCCCGUCUUCUCACGAGGUUAGCAGGGAGUCCGAGAUGCACAGAGGGUUAGCUUUAACAGAUUUCAGCAAAACCAGACAUAUUCAAGAACCAAGAAAAAAGUGCCUUGGAGAACCAGAGACCCACUGAACGCAGACCAUUUAUAACAUCCGUCAUACGCCAUUGUGAACAAAGAUUUAUUUUUUACAAAGGAAUGAAUUACUUCCAUAGACUUCUUGGUAUGUUAUCACCAUGCGUCUUGACAAGGAUAGCUUAAUACUAAUUCAGAUGGUGCAGAUGAUGUUUUAAAAAAAAAAAAAAAAAAGAAAAACAAGAAAAAAAUAACUAAUGGGUUCUUGUCCUGCUGCCAAAAACAAACUAGGUCUUAUUUUUCAGAAAAAAAAGAAAAGGGAUUUUUUUAAAAGCAACAUUUAUGUUAAUGUUAAUGUCUGACAUGCCUUUCCGGGUUGUAUUUUUGUUAACAUUUACCAUUGUUUCUUCUCAGCACUGGCUGUUACUUGACAAAAGGCUUUCUUGGACCACUGCAGUCACUCAUUCCUAAAUGCUGGGAUCACACUGAAACCUUUUAUUAAAUUAUUAAUUGCAUGACAAUUUUCUUGCCUUUUGUCUUUGCAAGACAUUUCUUAAGCAGAGACAAUACAGUAGAUUAAGUGCUGGUUACAGUUUACUUUCUGUAAAAUGAAAACAGCAUUUCUGUGAAACUCGGUUGAGUGUGGUACAUAGUAUAUUUAUAUAUUCAAGCUAUUGUCAUUUGUCUCUCUGUACAUUAAAUGUAUA